AUGGAUUGGGUUGUUGAAGUACCACGAGAAUUGAUCCAGGAAUUGAGGAAUCCUAAUCGAAAGAGACCAAUUAAAACGAUUCUCCGAGAAAACUGGGGUCUUGUUGAAAAAAUCGACACAAACCUGAAAAAUGGUAAGGAACUACCAGAAACUUUACCGCUAUUGGUGGUUCAUCUCAUGCAAAACUUCAUGACCGUUGUCAGUUUUUUGGUGAACCCUCGAAAAUUAUCCACCCGAAAACGAAGGUCUUCUAAUGAGACUCCUGAUGAGAUAUGGAAUUUUGAGAACGACUUGAGAGAAGCGCAAAAGGAUUGGAAAACGUUUUUCUACAAGUAUGAAAAAGAGUUUUUGAUAUUGGCUCGAAAAUCGAAAGUAUCUGCUGGUGUGAAUUUUCACGAGGAGCUAUGGAGACGUUCAAGACUCCAGAAAUUGACAUCAUUCGUAUUCCAAAUUGGGGAGAAGGUGCAAAACAAAACUGUCAGUAUCAUUCCUCCAUCUCGUUUCUUGUUUGCGUUCGUAGGAUUUCUCGCCAGUUGGACAAUUGUUCCAGUUUUUAACACCCCGAAAAAAUUGGGUGAAGCAACUUCAAAUCUUCUGAAACCUUCUGAAAAGAUAACUCAAAAUGGAUAUAAGAAUGGGAAACAAAAUGGAAAAGAAAAUGGGUCAACGAAGUCAUCAGCUGAAUCUAAAAUCUCUAAAUUGAUUUUUACUCCAACAGAAAGUCAUGAGAAAAUGAAACAGUUCCAGGCUGGAAUGAAGAAUUCUGACAAAUUUAUUGGAGAAAGGGAACAGGAAUGGCAGGAAAAAUUGAAUAUGUAUCAGAAGGAGAUCAGUGCGAGAUUGGAAGUUCAAGAAAAACGACUAUUUGCUGAAAUUGAAAAAUUCCAAGAAGAGAAAAAUGCUAGAAGGCAGCAAGAGGAGGAGGAGUUCACAAAAAGAAUGAAUCAGCAGGAUAUCGAAUUCCACAAAAUUAUCAAAAAAAUUGAUACUGACAGGAAGAAAUUUUCGCACGAUGAGCAACGAGACUUGUUAGAAACAUGCAAAGAGCAAGAUAUAGCACUUUUGAGACUUUUGGAUAUGUCCUUAGCACCAUUAAAUGUUUCGAGAAGCUGGGAAGAUCACGAGGACUAUUGGUCCAGUCGACUUCAAAUUUUGCGGAAUGCACUGGCUUCAGUAAGAUCAGAGUUCUGGAAUUUCGAGAGAUAUUUCAGACAACACUCAGAAAAUCCUGAAAAGACUCCGAAUUUUGUGAAAACUAUCUAUGAAAUGGAAUCAGCGUCAUUUGGACAAACAGUGACCAGAGCUCAAACUCUUAUCAACAAUCAGCAUGAGUUUUUUGAUGUAUUAUUUGAUAAAUAUGAUGAUGACCUAUUCCUCAAGGUGCUCUGGAAAAUCACAAGCGACGUUUCUAGUCAACUGGACAGGAUUAUUCUAGAAAUGUGGAGUAUUGCUGUCAACUCCAGUGACUUCGAUCACUUCAGAUUACGAUCUGCUGUGCUUGAAAUCGAUCCAUCUUCCAUUCCAACCACUUGGCGCCUGAAAGGAAUCUGUCAUUCUGCUGAUCCAUCGGAUUACGAAGAUGCACUUAGCAACGGUUCACCAUCUGUACAUAGCCACUUUUGA